CUCGCUCUCUUUAAAUCCUUCUUCAUGAAGGUAGAGUUUACUUUCUCCCAGUUGGUGGUGGUUGUGUAUCUUGUCAAAGCUUUCAUUAUCCCUCUGUUGACAUAUUCUUCCUCUGUUCUGCUUUUCCAUCUCUGUCUCGGCUGCACUUGGCUCAAGAUCUUCCCCUGCCUUGUCCAAUCUCCAUGUGGGCAUCUCCUGUUGGUGAUUUGUUCCGACUACCUCCCUCUAUCUUUUCCAAUAGAUCCUGCAAUCUUUGCUGGGUGGUUGGGGAUUGUAAAUGGCGCUCACAGAGCGAGCUGGAGAAGUCCCAACGACGGGGACGGAAAUAGAGCCGUUAUUCGGUUCAGAGGAAACUUCCGUUAGAGAAAGAGAGGAGAGAGACAUGAUCUGUGCAUUCUUUGUUGGAGGGUUUUGGUUUCUUUGGUAGCUUGUAAUUCAAUCGUAACAUCCUGUAAAGUAAGUACGAAUGCCUGCAACAAUUCAGAUUAAGAUCCGUUCCUGUUCCUCUUGGCGUUCACAAGGGCACAGGCAGUAUUCUAUUAGUAUUCGUCAUUAGUGCCACAGUGAGUGACGAAUUAAUUUGAACCGCCCGC